UCACCAGGUUCAGUACAGAUAUGAGUGCCUGGCUGCUCUGCUGCUCCCGUGCCCCAGCGCUCCCUGCCCUGUGAUUUUGGAUAACAAACCUAAGAAGUGAAUUACACAUCAGGUGGUAAGAAACCAAAAGCAACCUGCCUUUAUUGAAUUCUCAAGAACGCAGCUGACCCUUUGGUACAUUAUCAAGAUGCAUUAGGAAACUGGAUCCGGUGCCAAAAGAACUCCAUGAAUUUCCAUGAAUCUCUUGAACUCCAACACGGAUACUUUUGGAUGUAAAUUUGGAUAUAAAUUUCUGUUCUAAGGAGAAGAGUGUGUACUCCAAGUCCUUUCUGCCAGCUUGCUGGCAGAGGUGUUUCACUAGGAUCAUGGACCAUCCUAACAGGGAUAAGGAUGAGAGGCAGCGGACGACGAAAGGAAUGCCGGGGAGGAGCGGCCACGGUUCUCGGCCGAGCUCGUCGGCGUCCUCCGGCGUCCUCAUGGUGGGACCCAACUUCAGAGUGGGCAAGAAGAUUGGGUGUGGGAACUUUGGAGAGCUCAGACUAGGUAAAAAUCUCUACACCAAUGAAUAUGUAGCGAUCAAACUGGAACCAAUUAAAUCCCGGGCACCACAGCUUCAUUUAGAAUACAGAUUUUAUAAACAACUUGGAAGUGCAGCUGAAGGGCUCCCCCAGGUGUAUUACUUUGGACCCUGUGGAAAGUACAAUGCCAUGGUAUUGGAGCUGCUUGGUCCCAGCUUGGAAGAUCUGUUUGACCUCUGUGACAGGACCUUCACUCUGAAGACGGUGUUAAUGAUUGCCAUUCAGCUGAUCUCUCGGAUGGAGUACGUGCAUUCCAAGAACCUCAUCUACCGGGAUGUCAAGCCGGAGAACUUCCUCAUCGGCCGCCAGGGCAACAAGAAGGAGCACGUCAUCCACAUCAUAGACUUUGGACUGGCCAAGGAGUACAUUGACCCUGAAACCAAAAAACACAUUCCCUACAGGGAGCACAAGAGCCUCACUGGAACAGCGAGAUACAUGUCCAUCAACACACACCUUGGCAAAGAGCAAAGUCGUCGAGAUGACUUGGAAGCCCUUGGCCAUAUGUUCAUGUAUUUCCUCCGAGGCAGCCUGCCCUGGCAAGGAUUGAAGGCUGACACCUUAAAAGAGAGAUAUCAGAAGAUUGGGGACACAAAGAGAAACACUCCAGUUGAAGUUCUCUGUGAGAACUUUCCAGAGGAGAUGGCCACGUACCUCCGCUAUGUCCGGCGGUUAGACUUCUUUGAGAGACCAGACUACGAUUACCUACGGACCAUCUUCACAGAGCUCUUUGAGAAGAAAGGCUACACCUUUGACUACGCCUACGACUGGGUCGGCAGGCCAAUUCCUACUCCCGUGGGAUCUGUCCAUGUGGAUUCUGGAACCUCUGCAGUGACAAGAGACAGCCACAUGCACCGGGACCGACCAUCCCAGCAGGCGCUCCGCAAUCAGGCGUCAUCGGAUCGCCGCGGAGAGUGGGAGAUCCAGCCGAGCCGGCAGACAAAUACCUCGUACCUGACAUCUCAUUUGGCUGCAGAUCGACACGGAGGAUCAGUGCAGGUGGUGAGCUCAACCAACGGGGAGCUGAACGUGGACGACCCAACAGGAGCACACUCCAACGCACCCAUCACAGCGCAGGCGGAGGUGGAGGUGGUGGAGGAAGCUAACUGCCUGAAAAUGCUCAACUUGUGGUGCUGCUGCUUCUUUAAGAGGAAAAGGAAGAAGACGGCUCAGCGUCACAAGUGACCGGUGCCUCCUGGGCCUUGCAGGAACCACCACACCUGCAGCUCCUGCCCUGUCUUACUGGAAGGGGCUUCUCUUUAGGAGGGAGGAGGAGGAGGAGGCAUAGGAGGAAGAGAGAAAAACGAAAACAAAAAAAAAAAAAACCCAAGUGACAUUUUAAACCAAAAAGAGAAGAAAACGUUCCAAAACAAACCACUCUGGGGUGGAUCUGCUGAAUGGUCUCCCUCAUUCACUCCAAGCCUGAAGCUCCUUUUGGGACCAGGACUGUGGCUGGCUCAGGUCUUGGUCGCCCUGGGAGGGGGGCUGGCUGGCUGACCCUCCUUCCCAUUGUUUACGGUGAAGGCAUCGUUGACGCAAACCUGAGGACUGUGCUUAGUUCCUGCUCACUUUCCUCCCCUCCCUCCCCUGCACUCUGCUCCUCUGUCCUCCUCCCUCCUUAAUUAAGUGAAGAAAUUCCAUAGGCUCGAUUGGCUGUGGAGAGGGCAGGAGGAUGCAGGGCAGGCAGGAGAGUUGCUAGGAGAAGGGCCUGACUGCUGCGGCAGGAAGAGACAGGUUCUCUCUGUGGCUCCUUGGGAACAGUUACACUGUAAUGUGCAAGCUGUGAGAAAUUUGCAAUCUACUGUUCCAGUUAGGGUUUUUUUUCCCCCGGCUCCCUUGACACCUCCCUCCUGUGGCAGUAACAGAGCAGUGUGGAUUGUUUUAAAGAA